GUAGAAAUUAAAAAUGGAGAAAUGUUGAACCAUUAAAUCAAGUUUUAUGUGCGAAACCAUUUCUUAAAAAUACUAAUUUUUGCUAAUAUUAAAUAUUUUAAACUCAUAGUGAGAAUUAAUUACUUUAGCCAGUAUGCCUUCCAUUGUCGAUGUUAAAACUUCUUGGGCCGAUGAGGUAGAGCUCGAAGGCGGAGUACUUCCACCCCCUACAGAAGUUUAUGAAAAUAAUUUAAAAAUUGUCACAGAAUAUAAAAUGAAUGAGGAUAACAAAAAGAUAAAAUGUGUUCGUACAUAUAAAAUAGAAAAAUGCAUUGUAUCAAAAAGCAUAGCACUUCGGAAAACUUGGCGAAAAUUUGGUGACUCUGCAGGUGAUAAGCCAGGACCAAGCAGUCAAACCACAAUGGUAGCUGAAGAUGUUUUCAUGCAAUUCAUCACAAAUAAGGAAGAAGAAAAAACCGAAGAAGUUGUUGACAAACUGAAAAAUAUACGUAAGUGUCGUACUUGUAAUGGAGACCAUUGGACCGUACAGUGUAUGUACAAGGACACAAUGCUUGGUGGUCCCAAGCCUAUGGAUAGUGCUAAGAUAUCAGGAGCAGCGGAUGCCGCUGGUGGUGCUACAGGUGACAAGUAUGUCCCACCAUCUAGGAGAGAGGGAGCUAAAUUGGGAGGUCCUUCGAAUAUAAGAAGGGAUGAUGCUACUGCCAUCCGUAUAACAAACUUGUCAGAAGCAACAAUGGACUCAGAUUUAGAAGACCUAGUUAAGCCUUUUGGUCAACAUAGUAAAAUGUAUCUGGCAAGAGAUAAGGUUACUGGUGUUUGUAAAGGUUUUGCAUAUGUCCAUUUCAAGUUUGCAGCAGAUGCAGCUCGUGCUAUUGCUGGUCUCGAUGGCUAUGGUUAUGAUCAUUUAAUUUUGAAAGUGGAUUGGUCCAAACCCGCAGCGCAGCAAGGUGGAAGUGGUACUGGUCAACAAGAUUUUUCAUAUAGACAAUAAUUUUAAAUUAAAAAGUACAUUUUUUUGAUUUUGGGUAUUGGCAAAAAGUAAAGAAUAUAUAACAGUAUUUUAUUUAAAUGAUAAUUUCAAUUGUACUAUACUUUUUUCAAUACUUAUUAUUUUCAAAAUUUCAUGUAUACUUAUAUUUAGUUACUCAAAUAGCUACUUGACUGGAACAUCAAGAUUGUAAUAUCAGUCUCGAUGCAUUUUUUUGUUGACUGGAACAUAAAUAAAACAUAAUUUUAUAAAAUUUGCUGCUAGGAUUGUCAGAUAUCCAAAUCUUAAACAAACUUUUUUAGGCUAUCAAGAAUAUUAGACUGAAUAAACAGAUUUAAUAUGAAGAGGUCAAGA